CGUGGCUGCGCGGCGCCGCGGGCGAAGGCUCGCAGGGCGACUCGAGAGGCGGCCGGCGAGCUGCACAGGUGCCCGAGCGGGCUGCGAGGUGUGAGUUGCGAGCGCGAGGCGCGACUCGCGAGCGGCGACCAGUUAGCAGUUAGCACGCAGCCGUGGUCGGAACAGGUCGUACCGCGCUGGCCCCGCCGCGCCGCGACAUGACGCGCGAAUACUCUCGAGUUCAGGAGUUCUACCUGCAGAUGCACGAGCUGCAGCCGCCCCUGAGCUACCACCACUUCGACUUGCACGGUUCGGUCCCGGGCGCGUCGCCGGGCUACGAGCUGACGGCGGGCGCGGGCUCGGCGGGCGGCGAGGGCGCCGUGCCACACGCGCCGCACGCGCUGCCGCACCCGCCCGCGCACGUCGAGCCGCGCAAGAGGAAACCGCCGCCGUAUUCUGAAGGAUACGAGCUGUCGAGCUGCGAGCUGGGCCUGUCGGUGCCGCCCGCGCCCGCAGCCGGCCCGCCGCCGCAGCCCGCCAGCGCCACACGCAAGAGGAAACCGUCUUCUUAUUCAGGGACCACAUACGAUGACGAUGGCGGAGAAGACGCACGGUCCUCCCGCACAUUACCGGACAAAAAACAGAACCACAGCGAGAUCGAGAAGCGGCGGCGCGACAAGAUGAACACGUACAUCUCGGAGCUGAGCGCGAUGGUGCCGAUGUGCGGCGCGAUGGCGCGCAAGCUGGACAAGCUGACGGUGCUGCGCAUGGCCGUGCAGCACCUGCGCUCGGUGCGCGGCGCGCUGUCGGCCGGCCCGCUGGCGGCGCGCCCGCGGCCCGCCUUCCUGUCCGAGCGCGAGCUCAACGCGCUGCUGCUGCGCGCGGCGCACGACUGCUUCCUCAUGGUCGUGGGCUGCGACCGCGGCCGCCUGCUCUACGUCUCCGCCAGCGUCACGCGCAUGCUGCACUACGAUCAGUCAGAACUGCUGGGACAGAGCCUGUUCGACAUCCUGAACCCGAAGGACGUGUCCAAAGUUAAGGAGCAGCUGUCCUCGUCAGACCUCAGCCCAAGGGAGCGGCUCAUUGAUGCUAAGACGAUGUUGCCAGUGAAGGCGGACGUGGUGUCGGGCGCGUCGCGGCUGUGCCCGGGCGCGCGCCGCUCGUUCUGCUGCCGCAUCAAGUGCCGCCAGGAGCGCGCCGACGAGGUCAAGGAGGAGGACAAGGCGCGCAAGAAGGCCAACGAGCGCAAGUACUGCGUUGUGCAGUGCACAGGGUACCUUAAAUCGUGGGCACCAGCGGAGAUGUCGGAGUGUGGCGGAGGGGAGACGGGCGCGGAGGACGAGGCGUGCACGCUGUCGUGCCUCGUGGCGGUGGGGCGCGCGCUGCCCGCCCCCGCGCCGCCCGCGCCCCCCGCGCCCCUGCUGCAGUUCGUGUCCCGCCACGCGCCCGACGGCAAGUUCCUCUUUGUGGACCAGCGGGUGACGAUGGCGCUGGGGUUCCUGCCGCAGGAGCUGCUGGGCACGAGCCUGUACGAGUACGUGUGGGCGGGCGAGCUGGGCGCGGUGGCGCGCACGCACAAGGCGGCGCUGCUGCGGCGCUCGCCCGCGCGCUCGCCGCCCUACUGCUUCCGCCGCAAGGACGGCCUCUACGCGCGCCUCGCCACGCACUUCAAGCCCUUCCGCAACCCGUGGACAAAAGAUGUAGAGAGCCUAGUGGCCAACAACACAGUGGUGGCAAUCACCGCCGAGCCGCCCACCGAGGCCGGGUUUGAUGACGAGGCAUACAAGAACGCAGUAAAUCACACGGCCGUGUCGUCGCGAUCAGAAGGCUCGGAGGGCUUGACGGAGGCGGACGUGGAGAUGCAGCGGCUGAUCGACUCGCAGCUGGAGUCGCACAAGGUGGGCUCCACCAUCGCCGAGGAGGCCCUGCGCCGCUCCUCCGCCGACUUCUCGCCCGACCUGCCCGCCGACCUGCUGCAGGACGCGCUCUUUGGGCACCAGUUCCCGUGGUAGGCAGCUGCCUUACCACAGACACACAGCUGCCUAACCCAUGUAGAGCACACCCGACACAGACUGACGGCCUCCCGACACCCGACACCCGACACCCGACACCCGUCCGCUCCACAGAAGUCUAUCAUCAUCCCAUACUUACCUGUCUCAUUCCAUUUUAAUAAACACACUUCGAGCAGUUCAUGUAUUUUUCUUUUAAACCUAGUAUAAGUUAGCUUUUUUGUGUUAUAAGUUUGAUUGAUGCACUUCCGGGUAAGAUAUUUUAUAAUUUACUUGCUUGGUUAGUCUGUCUUCUAUUUUACUCUAUGUAUGCACGAUUUGGAGACCAGUUUGCUUUUGUUGUUCGGAAUGUUUAGUCAAAAAAAAUCAGACUGAAGAUGCUAUUAUAAUAUUGCCUGUUCUUCUUUGUAAGAAAUGCAGUAGUCGUUUUCUUUAUAAUAAUACAAGAAAGUACUGUUGCUAAUAUUAAUGAUUUUGUACCGUAGGAAACAAAUGUCGCCCAUAGCUUACCUCUUGGAGUAAUAUCAUUCACAACGUUGAUGAAGAUGUAGUAAUUGUUAUAUUUGAUUACUCGGGUGAAACUUAUUAAUUUCAUUUUAUCGCAAUACAAGUAAAUGCAUGAGUAACAACAUACGAUUUAAUAAGUACUCUAUUUUCGCUAAAAAUAUUAAAUUCUGUCUAUUGUCAUAUAAAAUGGCAGCGGGCGGCAGAUUUUAUUGGUGCCACAAAACAAUUUAAACACAAUCUAACUUUAAACCAGAGAUCUGUCACUUUAAUAGUAAUAGUAAGACGGUAUAAGUCUGUAUUUAAAACACAUAUUGUUUUAACUUGUCUGUCGCUCGUUGUGACCGUUGGUCAGUGGGAGUGUAACAGCGCGUGUGUGC